CUUCCCUAACCUCACCUCCGAACGCGAAGCUUGACUCGAUUUCCGCUUCCCGCGCUUAACACUACUACUUACAAUGCCUACCGCCACGACGAGCACGAUGACGCCCUCAACACCGUUCAGUCCUUCAUCGCACACGAACAGCGUGGAAACCUUCAGUUUUCCGAACACGUACAUCCAGCGAUCACGGCCGUACCUGACAGCAGCGCAAAUCGAGUCGCUACGACCGUCGGAGUCACAAGAUGAGGCGCGUGCGAUAUCGACACGCCUGACAGCGUGCCAGUGGAUCGUGCAGGUUUCUACCGUGCUACAAUUCCCAGUGCGAACAAUAGCCACCGCAAUGAUCCUUUAUCACCGACUCCUCCUCUUCAACAAAACCCCCUACUUUCAAGAGACGCCGACAGACCCCAGCAUCGCUGCGCUUUUCGUUGCCUGCAAAAUCGAAGACACGCUCAAGAAGUCCCGCGAGAUCCUGGCAGCAUCCUACAACCUCCGGCACCCCAACAGCGAGCCCAUAAACCCCGACUCGCCCCUCCUCGAGGAAGUUUCCAAGCGCGUAAUUGGUAUGGAGCGGACGAUUCUCGAGACGAGCUCGUUCGACUUCCGGAAUCGCCAUGCGCAGCCGUUUUUGAUCAAGUUUUGCCGGCGGUAUAAGGUGGAGCGGGGGCUGGCGCAUAGAGCGUGGGAGAUCGCUAUCGAUGUGUAUCGAACACUUGCCCCACUGAAGGCUACGCCGCAUGCAUUGGCGCUGGCGGCUCUGGAGACAGCUUGUAGGCUUGAGGCGGUCGAGAUAAGGGUUCGGUAUGAGGAGUUGGAGGCUACGAGGGAUGAUGUGCUUUCAAUCGUCGACGACCUGUUGGAACUCUACACAAACCACCACUCGCUCACUAUCGUUGGCCCCAAAUACCAAGGGACAGCCUACCUCAAUGCACGUAUCGAACUGAACCGUGAACGGAAGCGCCUAGCCAACGGUCAUGGCCGUGCACACAUCGAAACGCCCAUCAGCGUACAGUUGCAGACCAUGACUGAUCGCGGGGGCGGCGGGACGAUACGAUUCAUGAUUGAUCCUGAGCGCGAGGCGAAGGAGUCUGCGCUGCUGGAGGGGGCGCCCGAUGGGAGUAUGGGGAGGAGUAAGGUGUCGAUAAGUGGGACAGAGGAGACUUCGCCGUGGUCGCAGAGGUAGUCACUGGGUACGAUGAAUGAUGGCACACCUGACAUUCAUCUUCUUUUUUUCUGUGUAUAUGAUGUAGAUACUC